UCGAACACGCAGCGACGACAACGACAUAGUAGUCUUCGAUUCGAGAGUGCAUUGUUAAUUAGUUUAUUAAUUUGUAAUUAAGUGCGAGCUCGUAGAAUGCGUACCGAGACAUCCAGUAACAAUUCGCUACACUCUUCUGACGAGAAUAGUGCGGCCGAUAGUCAUGUGGAUCAGUCAGAGCCAGAGGACUUGCCCCUGGAGCCGUUAAGAACUCCCCCGCAUUUGGUGACUUUGGCAGCGUCCAAGCCCGAGGAGAUUCUUGCCGAGUAUGGCAAAAACUUAAAGCUUCUCGAAUGCAAUCCUCAGGUCUCCGAGCUCUUAACUAUUAUUAGGGACAAAAACACCACCCGCAGUGAUUUUAAGUUCUAUGCGGACAGACUGAUACGGUUGGUCAUAGAGGAGUCACUUAACCAGCUGCCCUACACGCCCUGCAGCGUCGAAACGCCCACCGGCGCAACUUACGAGGGUCUAAAGUAUCGAUCCGGAAACUGUGGCGUCUCUAUUAUUCGGUCCGGCGAGGCGAUGGAGCAGGGCCUGCGGGAUUGCUGUCGCUCUAUACGUAUUGGCAAGAUUCUUGUGGAGUCUGAUGUAAACACGCAUGAGGCGCGUGUGGUGUAUGCCCGAUUUCCUGACGACAUUUCACGUCGCCAAGUCCUGCUUAUGUACCCCAUCAUGUCAACUGGGAAUACAGUUUUGCAGGCCGUAAACGUAUUGCGUGAACAUGGCGUCGCGGAAAGCUGCAUUAUCCUAUCGAAUCUGUUUUGCACGCCGGCGGCCGCACGCACCGUGGUCAAUGCAUUUCCCAAAAUGAAGAUCCUCACAUCAGAGCUCCAUCCUGUGGCGCCCAAUCAUUUCGGACAGAAAUACUUUGAUGGCAUUUGAAUUGGAGGCGCCAGCGCGUCACAAACACGCACCCAAAUUAUUUACACAAUUUUUACCCAACUAUUUUUACACAUGUUAGGUUUUUAUAAAAUUGGCUUUUUACUGAAGCUCAAAUUAAUUUUUGUUAAAUCUAUUGUAAAUACGAAUAUAUAAAUAUUAAAAAAGAGAAAUCCCGAAGACCAUUAA